GAGUAACCGCUAUGUCUUAGAAAAAAAACACAAUCCGCUACACGGUGCAACUCGAGCCGAAUUCCGGACUUCGUGGGGGUUUUACGUCUUUGUCCUUUCGUGGGCCUCACGGAGACAUGGCCGAGCGCAGGUAACCUUCCCCGGAACCCGGACCCGAAGGACGGAACGGAGCAGAUGGAGAGGCCGGUGAGGCUGCUGCUCUUAUCCGAUCUGCGCGUCCGAAACGUCGCCCACGAAGUGAGCCUUUGCCGCUCUCUGCUCACCUGGAAGAGGCAGGCCUCCAGCCCGGUGUAUCACGCGUUCAGACCCAGCGUGUGUCACAGUGUGCACGUGUCAGAGAUCAUCAGCGUCCGAGAAGAAGUGGAGGAAAGCAGCAAAGAAGAUGGCAGCUGGAAGAAGAUUAAAGACUGCAGGCGGUCUUUCACAGUGUUUUACGUGGAGAGGUGUCGGCAGCACCGCUGGCGGUGUACCAAGGUCACCUUCAUGUGUCCAGACGUGGCGCUGUGUCAUCGCUGGGUAAACAUCAUCAAAGAGCAGCUAGCAGCCAUCACCAGCAGACCCAAACACCUGCUGGUCUACAUCAACCCGUACGGCGGGAAGCGUCAGGCAAAGCGCGUCUACCAGCAGAAGGUUGCUCCCUUGUUUGCACUCGCCGACAUCACCGUGCACGUCAUCGUGACAGAGUAUGCCAACCACGCCAGAGACCACCUGAGGGAGGGGGCAGAGCUAAACAAGUUUGAUGGUGUGGUGUGCGUCGGCGGCGAUGGCAUGUUCAGCGAGAUUGUCCACGGCUUGAUCUCCCGCACACAGAAAGAUGGUGGCAUCGACGUGAACUUUCCAGAUGAAACACUCAUCAGCUGCUCGCUGCGCAUCGGAAUCAUCCCUGCAGGCUCCACAGACUGCAUCUGCUUCGCCACGGUGGGCACCAAUGACCCCGUAACCUCUGCAUUGCACAUCAUAGUGGGUGACUCUCAGCCGAUGGACGUAUGUUCGGUUCACCACAACAAUUUGUUCCUGCGCUACUCUGUCUCUCUGCUGGGAUACGGAUUCUAUGGCGACGUGCUGACCGAUAGCGAGAGGAAGCGAUGGAUGGGACCGGCCAGAUACGACCUGGCAGGUCUGAAGAUGUUCCUUACUCAUCAUUACUAUGAGGGAACAGUUUCCUACCUGCCAGCCAGCGGCAUCAUUGGAGCACCCAGGGACACCUCCAGGUGUCGAUCAGGCUGUUUGGUCUGUCGGGACAACAAGAAGCUUUUGUCAGAGAGAGCUGAAAAGUACGAGACAGAUGAGCUGUUGGACAGUGAAAGUGACGGCGGCUGGCAGACAAUCCGAGGCAAGUUCCUGGCGAUAAACGCCGCCAGUAUGAGCUGUGCUUGUCCCCGAAGCCCUAAAGGCCUGUCCCCUGCUGCCCACCUGGCCGACGGCACCACGGACCUCAUCCUGGUCAGAAAGUGUUCCCGCUUUAACUUUCUCAGACACCUCCUGAGACACACCAGCAAAGACGACCAGUUUGACCUGUCCUUUGUGGAGGUGCACAGGGUCCGCCGGUUCCGCUUCACGCCACGCUACUGCCAAAGCGACUCGGACCUGGAGCUGGACCUGCUGGAGAACAGCAAACACCAAAUCUUCAGCCAGAUCUGCCGGGAUCACCCGGCUUGCGGCUGCUCGCCUGCCUUCAGCAACUGGAACUGCGACGGCGAGAUCCUGAGCCACACGGCCAUCGAUGUCAGAGUGCACUGCCAGCUCAUCAAGCUGUUUGCACGAGGUAUUGAGGAACCAGCCAUGUUUGAUGACCUCACUCUCACCUCUUCCAUGUAGACCUCAGACCGCAUGGAACCGGCAACACUUCACUCAAUUGUUUUACAAUGAACACGUCUGGUUGGUUCUGUUUGUUGAGAACCAUAUUGAUGAGCUCACAAAUGUCCAGAAGAGAAACUCAACAAGGUACCAGAAAGAACCGCCUGCCCCUCGAAACCAGCAAAGUAACAUCGACUUCCAAAAAACUCCAGCCCCAAGAGUUUGGAUUCUUACAUCAAGUCUAAGGCUACGCUCACACUGCAGGGUAUGAAGCCCAAUUCCGAUUUUUUUUGUUUAAAUCCGAUUUUUUAUGUGGUCGUUCACAUGACCAAACAAAUGCGACUUAUUAAUGUGAACUCAAAGCGUCUGGAAAGUGACGUGCAUGCACAGAAGCACGACAUCACUCGCAUUUCCGUGUGUUUACGGAAGUAAAGAUUGCUGCAGUGUGUGCUGUAGUGAUGUGCGACACCAUUGAUUUCAUUUCCGAUUCGAUACUGGGUAAAAUUCAGGCUGAUAUGGGCGAUACAGAUCCGAUACUAUGUGCAAAUCCACCUAAUGUGUCUGGUACGUUUCAAAAAGCAGUGUACAGUAUUUCAAAUCAUAUCAUGAAGAAUACAAGACAUCAUAAUAAUUUAUUGAUUUACUUUAAACCCCCAAGUAUGCUGAGGUAGUGGGGUGAUUUACAAUAUAGCCAAGCUAAUAUACAACAUCAGAAAAAACAAAGGACAAAAUCAUAUACAAUAUCUUAAGUAUGAAAAGUAUCACUAUUUUGAGUUCAGAAUCGACUUUAGAGCAUGAAGAGCUGGUAUCACAAGGAUCGUUAUUUUAGUAUCGACGCACACAUUGCUUGAGCGCUCUCCUUAAUGAGUUGGUGGCAAUUUCAAUGAUUUUGUGCAACGGGAGUCAAUAUUUUCUCAAUCAAAUGAUUCCGUGUAGGAGAUUAAGAAGAAAGAGGGCAGGAUUUUUUGCUGCUUCACUAAUACCUUUUAAAAAAAAAAAAGUUUUUUCGGAUGUGAAAAACUUUUGCCUAUAUCGUUGAAUAGCUUUAUCCGAGUCUUGCAGGAUAAACCACGCCUUUCGAUGACUGCCUACAUCCGUGAGGACCUUUAAAGUCUCGAUAAGCACGGCAAUACACACCUUUCGAUGACGUACGUCUGGGUCGGAUACAUGCGACCUGACCGUUCAUACUGCAGUCGCAUCGCAUGUCGGAUUUACUGUAUAUCCUCAUACGAAUGAGGCCUGAGUCGCAUUAGAAAAAAUCUGAAUUGUGCCGUUCACACUGACAUGAAAAAAUCAGACACAGGUCACAUAUGAGCAGUUGACCUGCAGUGUGAACGUAGCCAAACGAGUCCUGAUCUGAGUCCGAUUUCAGUGUAAAUGACAAGUGUCAAGUGAAGUCAAAGUGCAGAGUCUAGGUUGUGUUCAUGGUCUUUUCAUUUCAGUUCAAAUUUUGAAGGCAAUGCUGGUUUUUGUCUUGGACUGGUCCGGACCUGCUGUACGUGGACUCUGCUCUUCGUCUCUCGUGAUCCUCAUUAGUCUUAUAGGUCAGCCACUCCAUUUUGGGUCUGUAGGCCAUAUCUGAUUUUACAUUCUGAAUUUGUGUCGUCAUUUAUGUCAACAUGGCCACUGCUGUCAAUGAAGCCAUUUGAAAAGGUCGAAACUGAACUCCACUUUAGUAGCGUUUGACUUUGGCAGUUCCACUGCACUCUUCUGACUUCAGUCGCACAUCAAAGUCACUCUUAAAACAUUUGUAUUUAUUUUAGUCUGUUACGUUUUUAAGGAACAACUAUGUUCGUUAUUCCAAGGGUCAUGCAUUCCUCAAGAGGUCAAGUCCAAACCGUGUCAUGUGACCCGGUGCUGAGCCCACUUGCAGCUGUGGAGUCGGACUAUGACCGUUUUAUUCUUCUUGAUAUGCAAAUGAAGUUGAGAAUAGCAAAUCCAGAGCAAACCCCAACAUCCGAGAUGCCGCUCUGUAGUGCCACAUGCGGUUAUCUACGUGUAGCACAGAUGUUUGAACGUGUCAUCAGGAUGCUUGAGAACCAAUAAGCAUCUCACAGCCACACAAGCCUCAUCUAGCCAGUUAGCUCACGGUUUGUGCAGGUGUAAUGUAGCAUCACCUAGAGCUCUUCAUGGGCCCCAACAGACUUGGCGUAGAUGACAUGGUGUGUUUCUACUGAGCGAGCCUCUGACAACCUAAAUGUUCCAUGUUCUGAUCCAAACCAAGCGAACAAAGACAAAGACGCUGUGGACAUUUUUGUUUAGAGAGAUAUUUAGCUUGAAUUAUGUCAGUGUUGCUAGCGUAGAUGUCAUUUUGCAUGUUAGCAUAAGGCAAUGUAGCGAACCACUAGCGUUCUAGUCACUUAGCUUAUUAUGCAACUCCAUUAAAUGCUGGACCCUUCCAAGGAGACCUAUGCACCCACCAGUGGACUCCCAACUCUCUGCUGUAGCCUCUUGUUUCAUGUAGGAAUAAAUAAAAUUAACUCUGA